CGAGAGAGUCUGAAGGAAAGGUGGAGUACCUGUAAGUCUAAAGGGCAAUGCGGCUGCUGAUUGGUUAGUUAGAUUAAAAAAAAGACGUGUUUCCCUCUAAUUGGAGGGUGCACGCUUCUGUCUCAACCAUGAACCGAGGGGUUCACAGGAUGCGAGCUCCUGUUUCAACCGUCUAACCAUCAGUCUUUCGCAUGGCCUUGUUUCGGUAGGUAUUGACUAUUGACAAUGAGGAAAGAAUGCAACCAUACGGUCCAACUUUCCAAAGGUUUCUUUCCCCACUCGCCCUCAAGAUUGAAGCAGCCUCAAUUAUUCAAAUAUUUCUUCUUGCUAUAAGGAUCAUGUUAGUGUCAGUGAAGAAGGUAAGAUGAGAGAGCUAAGCAGCAGAGCAACACCCAGAAGAAGGUUUGAGUUGAGGUGCUUCUUGCACUACACAAUGAGGACGGUCAACCUGGUGAUCAACUUCUGUGGGAUCGCUAUGAUUAUCUACUCUCUCUGGUUGUUGAAGAGGUGGGGCCAAGGAGAAUCUCAGCUAAAUCCUGCGUUACCUCCUACCACCCCCUGGUUCAUCUACACAUGCCUAGCGCUUGGCAUUGUUAUUUGCUUCAGCAUGCUCUGCGGCCAUGUUGUUGCCAGUUACUCCAGUAAUUUUACCCUUUUUAUUUACAUUGUAUCUGUUUUCUUCAUUCUAUGUCUCCAAAUCGGGGCCAUUGUUGAAAUCUUCUUCGAGAUGAACGUGCUUGCUAAAAUUUCCAAAUAUGUUGUCGAUCAAGAUAUGAGGUUCAUUAACUUUCUGACUGUGCAUAUGACCAUAUGUCGCAUUAUUGGAGUAGUGGUCUUAGUAGCACAGAUCACUGCUUUUAUCCUGGCAAUCAUUCUUUGGGCCAUGGGAUCAGAACCAAGGAGUCACUGUAUUGUCCUGGACUCAAAUGAGCUAAGAUAUUCAUUUUUGCUGGGACCUGGCCCGCUGGAAAAUCUUAAUAGAUCAAGGAUGAACCGGAGGUGGUUAUAUUGCAAUGAGAGGUAACCAGAAACAACACGUUUUGUUUUGCGUCAAUCCAAUUCUGCGUCAAACAAGAACAUUGGAGCCCUCAAACUCUCACAAGGGACGAAUUCUGAGACAUGGGCAGAGAAAAUGGUAAGUUCAUAGUUAGUACAAGGUUUUUUGGAAAUAGAAUUAGUACUUUUUUUCUUUGAUAGCUAGGAAUUAAUUACAAGCAUUACUGGCAGAUGAAGAAGAGUAUUGGUAGAGCUGGAAUAAAUUAAUGGAUUAUUACUGGCAGAUGCAGUUAAUUUAUUUUUCCUUGUAUGUACCUUGCAAGUGGAAGAAAGACGAGUGAGUUCAGCUCAGUUAUAAUUUAAAAUAUGUUGUAAAUUUGAAUCUAAAAAUGUAUGGAGGCAAAUGUAAACCCUGUUACAUCCCUUUAUGGUAUCA